UGGCCCACCUCGUCUUCCGAUUGGUCAGAUAAAAUACGUUAUACUCGUAGCCUGACCAAGAAAAGAGCAAAUCUAGCUACCGGUGCAUAGAGGUUGAAGUUAGCAAUACAUGUAUCUUUGUUUUAUAUUAAUGUUUCUUGUGCUAUACGACAUUUAACAGUGUGUGUUUAACUUGUGGUGUUGUUGUUCCAUCAUCCUUUUGUACGAGUAGGAUCACAAACUUAAACGUCAUUAUUACUACAAAACCUCCUGGUUCUUCCUAGGCCUGACCGUCAUGGAAGUUGCUGUUUACGGAAACAUGUUUAGCUAGGCCUGACCCUUCGCGUGUCUUAGUAAGUUAUGAAAGUUGCUGUUUACGGAAACAAUCGUAACUAGGCCUAACCCUUCGCGUGGCUUAGUAAAUUAUGAAAGUUUCUGUUUGCGGAAAUAAUUUUAGCUUUUGAUAGACACCAUAUUUUUACUUGUUUAUAUUUGAAUUGUAAUCUAGGAAAUGUAAUAAGUUGUUGCCAUUUUUAUGCUUAUUUUGACUUUUCUGUCACAGCAAUGAGACUGUGUACUUCUGAGGAGCUCAAUAAUUGUGAAAACGUAAACACAAGUUCUCGCCUAACAUUCAACUAAGACGAAUUUGAAUUGCACAGAAAUAUUGAACCAAAAUCUGGAUAAAACGUAACUGUGAAAUAACACUUCUGGCAAGGGGCACAAUACUAAAGGACUGUAUGGAUGAAAACACAUCACUUGUGAAAGAUGCCUGGAACUUGUAGAAAUUCAGCUACAUUGAAUAAAAAUUAUGAGGAAAGUGUUUCAUCAGCUAAUAAUGGCACUCGUGAAACAUCCAAACCAACUUUGGAUAUUGAUCCUGUAAACAAUCAUAAUGGUUGCCAUUCUCGAGAUGACUCUUUUGAAAGUUUAGACAGUAGUGGAAGCUCUGGUAGUCAUUCCCGUCAACUAUCUGGUGACAGUACAGGAGGCAUUGGUUUGAAAAAAACUCUUCCACAGGGUGCUUCUACACCUGCUAUUAACCCUUUGCAGUUUGUUAAAGUAAAACCGUGUUCACUAUCUCAAAAGGCUCAAGAACAAAUACAAUUAGCAAAGGAAACAAAAAUAGCAAAAGAAAAAGUAAAAGAUGAAGAAGAAGAAUGGCAGGGUAACUUAGACAGUUGGAGGUCUCGUAGAAAAAAGGUCUCUGAGAAGGUAAUAAAGAGAGUUGAAGAAAUUCGACAAAUUGAACUUGAUGAGCAGUUGAGACAUCAACCAAACAAAACAAAAACCUUCUCCAGGAUGAUGGAAGAACGGUCACUAAAACGAAAGCCUUUGAACUUGCCUAUUUACUCAGACCAAGAAGUAGGAUACUUAGGUCAGCUUGACUCAAAUGAAGAAAGGCAACAAGAUGCGAUACAAUUUGGCUCUAAUAAUGAAAACAAUGCAAAAGACCAGAGUUGGAAGACUGAAGCUUUUCAUGAAAUACGUAAUGAGAAAUAUGAAGAAAAUGGAAUGAAAAGCCAGUGUUUUAAGCAUAACAGGGACAAGUAUUUUAAUGAUGAAACAUCCAGUGCAAUAGAUAUGCAGUUGCAAGAAGAAAAUAUUUUAUGCAGUGGAGUUGGUAAUUCAGAAAGUAGCAAGGCAUUCUGUUCAGAUGAAACAGGAGACAGCGAUAGUGGUUCAUUCAUAGUCACAGAUUCUGUAAAGGACAGUCACAUUACAUGCAACGUGUUUGGUAAUGUUAGUCCAGACAAUAGCAAUGUUGUGGAGAAAUGUCCUUCAGAAAACAAAACAGAACAUGCUGAUGAUAGUUUGGAAUUCACAACAGGAACAGAACUGCUGGAGGAGUUCAGCUCAAGUCAACUGGUCACAAAGAAUGAUCAGCACAAGUGUGAUGGUAUUGAGUUGUAUCUUCAUCUCUGGCUGAGAAAAGACAAUGGAAUUAAAGAUUUUGGAUUCAGAAUUAAAGAAAAUGACACUUCGUUUACUGUUGAAUCAGUGGAUCCUGGAAGUGCAAGUGACCUUGCUGGCUUAAGAGUGGGAGACCAGGUGUGGGCUAUUAAUGGAGAGAAAACUAAAGGCAGAUCCCACUCAUCACUGGUAUUUGCUAUAAAACAAUCUAUGUAUACGGGCUUGCUAGAACUUGCUGUUUGGCGACCAUUUUCUACUGAUAAAGAGAGAGAGAAGGAUGUUAAUUGCAGAAAUGUUCCAGGUUAUUCAGAGACAAAGCUGAGCAAAAAUGAAGAAUAUUCGUUCGAUAAAAACAUCAGUAAAAUUAAUAAGAAAGAAAUAGAAAUGAAUUCUAAUAAUUCUUUGUCGAGGGAAGUGUCGAAAUUUGAAAAUAUAACUCUUACAACUGGUAUCACUGAUUCCAGGGAGUCAAAUAUUAAAAAUAAAACUCCUUUUUAUGAAACCAAGAGUACUUUAGAUACACAGAGAACGGUAAAGAAACCUCCUCCUGUACCUAAGAAACCAAAACACACUGUGUUACCAAAAAACACUAGCAGGAUAGAGCAGAUUGAACUGGAAAAGAACAUUGAUUACCCAAGAAAUGAAAUAUCUGAAAACUCCUGUGUGGAAAAAGAAACAUUUGUUGAUGAUUUUGAACAAUUGAACAUUGAAAUUGCGACUUCAUUUACCUCUGAAGCCAACAAAGAACUGGGUGCUUCUGUGGAUUAUAAGACCAGUGACCAGCAGCAGUCAGAAGAUGUAACACAACCUCAAACUUCAGGAAUCAGUGACACAAAGUGGACAACAGAGUGUGUGAAGUCUGAAGUAGAUCAAGAAAGUAAAGACCAACAACUCAAUAAUAAAGUGCCUUUAGUAAGCAUUAUGCAAGAACUACAGAGCUUGGACUCCACUGGCAAAGUGGAAAAUACAGCAAAGAUAUCAACUGAAAAACCCUUCCUUGAAAAUAACAGUUUUUUGGAUAAACCACUUAAUAUUGAGACAAUAAAACAACAGGAAAGAAUGUUACAGGGUGAAGCUGAUGAAAGAGAAGUCCUGCCAGCAUACAAUCCAGUGAAGGAAGAAUUAGGGCUAAGUGUAGUAUAUCAGUCUGAUGAUCUGCCAGUGAUGAGUGUCCCUAGUGUGCACACCUCCAGUGCUACAAUAAUUCAAGAAGAUCUAACUCAGGAAAACACUUCCAUUGUUCAUGGAAGGAACACAGAAUCUGAUGCUUUCUCAGAGAAUGAAAAUGAAGUUACUUUUAACCAGAAAGAUGACAUAAAAGAAAUACUUAAUCUAAGCGAUCAACUACCAGCAUCACCUGGUGACAUAACAAGCGAAAGGAAAACGUUGGUGAUUCUGAAGUUCAGUUAG